AUGGGCAACGUGUAAUGGGAAUCUGUGAUAUAGACUGUAUAGCAAACGUUGUUCCAAAAAGAAAAGAGUUUUACUGGAAGAUACCUGAUGCAUGGACAUUUGAAGCAGCGGCGACAGUUCCAUGCGUAUACAGUACAGUUUACUUAGCCUUGUACAUUCUUGGAAAAAUAAGAAAAGGCAAAAAGAUACUAAUACACUCUGGUACUGGCGGCGUUGGACAAGCAGCCAUUCACCUCGCUCUCAAAGAAGGAUGUGAAGUGUUUACCACCGUGGGUACAAACGACAAACGGAACUUUAUUAAGAAGAUAUUUCCGACCAUUCUGGAGAAUCAUAUUGGAAAUUCAAGGGACACCAGCUUUGAACAAAUGAUAAUGCGAGAAACGAAUGGUCGCGGCGUUGAUAUCGUGUUAAAUUCAUUGUCGGAUGAAAAGUUAAUCGCAUCUGUUCGUUGUUUAGCACGAAAUGGUCAAUUUCUGGAGAUUGGCAAAUUUGACCUUAUUUCUAACAAUCCUCUAGAUAUUUCUCUGUUUCAUAAAGGUAUUGCAUUCCAUAGCGUUUUAUACGACCAACUGUAUGGUACCAAUCACAAGUAUAAAUCACUAGUGUACAAAAUGGUAGCCGAUGGUCUUAGAGAUGGAACCAUCCAACCAAUUCAAGCAAAAAUUUUUCAGAAAACAGAAGUCGAAGAAGCCUUUAGGUACAUGGCAAGUGGAAAACAUAUGGGAAAGAUAAUUAUAAAUAUACAGGAACCGGAUAAACCUUCAGACAAGCCCAUUUUUGCAUAUCGUCGCUAUUACUGUCUCAGAAAUAAAAAUUACAUUAUACUAGGAGGUUUAGGUGGAUUUGGUUUAGAGUUAACCAACUGGCUGAUACUUCGAGGCGCCAGAAAUGUUGUGUUGAUAUCGCGAACUGGAAUAAAAAACGGGUAUCAACGCAUGAAAGUUCGCCUUUGGAAGUCGUACGGUGUAAAUGUGCUGAUCGUGAAGGACAUCAAUGUCGCUGACCCCAAGGAUUGCGAAUACCUCUUGCAAACUGUCGAAAGGGAUGCACCGGUGGACGCGAUAUUCAAUCUCGGAGUGGUGCUGAAGGACGGCAUCUUGAUGAAUCAAACCGCGAAGACUUUCACGGAAUCCUUCCAAUCGAAGGCUCGUGCAACACAGGCAUUGGACAAACUUUCCAGAAAGAUCUGCCCGACACUGCGGCACUUUGUAGUGUUCUCUUCCGUUUCUUGCGGCAGAGGAAACGCUGGACAGACUAAUUAUGGCAUGGCCAACUCCAUCAUGGAGAGAGUGUGCGAGAAAAGGGUAGAGGAAGGAUUACCCGGACUGGCAAUUCAGUGGGGAGCCGUAGGUGACGUGGGUCUGGUCGCUGACAUGCAGGAAGAUGAUAAGGAACUGAUUAUCGGCGGCACUUUGCAGCAAAACAUAUCUAUCUGUCUCGACGAGCUUGAUAAGUUUUUAAUUCAAAGCCGACCAGUUGUGAGUAGCAUAGUCGUAGCUGAAAAGAAAUCGUUAUCUCUCGGGCUUGGAAAUCUGGUAGAAACUGUCGCCAAUAUUUUAGGCCUAAAAAGC